AUGGCAGAAACAAAAGAAAUCCGCUUACAAAUAAACAAUGCCUUUAAAAUUAGUGGUUUUACUAUACGUCGGGAAGCUAGUGGAUUCCUUGCUGAGCAGCUAAGUGAUUUAUCAAACAAUGACCGAUUGAAAAUGAUAGAUAAAAUAACUGCUCAUUUGCUGCGACAAUGCGUUUCCCAACCUGUGUUGGAAAGGGAACAUUUAGUAAUUGCUUAUAAAGAGUGUUGUUCCUUGGGCCUAGAAGAGACUGAAACGGCCCUUAACGUUAUUGAUGCAUUUAAUGUGCCAAAAAUAUCGUAUGAUAAUGAGAGGAAUAAGUUUUCUAAAGAUAAUUCCAGUGAUCAUUUGUAUGCAGAUCCAAAGUGGAAAGCUCAAUUCUUAAUAGAUAGAUACACAUUGAUUUGGCAAAGAACAGUGAGAAAUAAAUUGUUUGCUAAGGACACGCUACCGUCAAUGGAAAGCGAAAAUCGUUUUCAACUGCGAAAAGUUGAGGUUCUGUUGAGUACAUCUAGUAAAGUCAGUGAUGUUAUUGUACUUGGACUGUUAACACAGCUCACUGAAGGUAAAUAUUACCUGGAAGAUCCGACUGGAAGUGUCCUCUUAGAUAUGACUCAGACAAGGUAUCACUCAGGGUUAUUUACAGAAAACAGUUUUGUUUUGGCUGAAGGUUAUUAUGAAGACAAAACUCUUCAUGUAAUGGGCCUAGUCUUGCCACCUUCUGAAAGUAGAGCUAUGUCCCUUCCGUACUUUGGCAACUUGAAUACAUUUGGGGGAAAAUCAAAAUCAUUAUUAAAGAACUCCCAAAACUUACUAAAGAUUGAGCAGGAUAAUGAGGAUGGUAUGAUAAUUUUCUUAUCAGAUGUCUGGUUUGAUAACUUGAAAGUAAUUUCCAAGCUAAAGACAUUGUUUGCUGGUUAUGAGGAAUUUCCACCGAUAGCUAUAGUGUUUAUGGGGGAAUUUCUCUCCUGCCCUUAUGGUUAUGAGCAUAGUACUCAGCUGAAUGCUGCUCUCAUUACUUUAGCGGACAUGAUAAUGCCAUUCACGAAGUUAAGAGAAGCUUGCAAGUUUAUAUUUGUGCCUGGAAGAAGCGAUCCAGCUGCAGCAAAUAUACUGCCAAGGCCAGCUAUACCAAACACUAUUACUAAAGAAAUAAGAGACAAAUUGGGAGAUUCAGUAAUAUUCACCACUAAUCCAUGUAGAAUACAGUACUGUACGCAAGAAAUUGUUGUAUUAAGACAGGAUUUGGUUACAAAGAUGUGCCGUAACGCUAUACAUUUUCCAGAUAGUGGAGAUAUUCCUGAUCACUUAACUAAGACAUUGUUGAGCCAGUGCACACUCUCACCUUUAUCAUUGGGUGUCCAACCGGUGUUCUGGAAACAUGCAGAUGCCUUGAGUUUAUACCCUAUGCCUGAUUUAAUUGUGGUCGCAGAUAGUUUUCCCCCCUAUACAAGGUCUUAUCUGCAAUGUCAAGUUGUGAAUCCAGGGUCAUUUCCAAGAACUGAGUAUUCUUUUAAAGUAUAUGUGCCUGCGUCAAGAAGUAUAGAAGAUUCACAGAUACCUAAUGAGGAUACUUGA